AUCCUGCACAGCUGCACGGCCGGGCUGCGAGCGGCUGUGAGCGAGAGAGCCCUAGAGCGAGAGAGGUACAGAGCGAGCGGCGGGCGCUUGCCCCGCGCCUCCCCUCCGCCCACCCCACGCCUCGCUCGCCUCUCCACCUCUCCAGGUCCGGCUUGGCCCGGCUCGGUCCCGGUGCGGCCACAGCCCCUGAGCUCUGGGGCGGUACAGGCAGCCUCGGGACUCUCCAGCGAGCCGCCGCGUCCCCAGACAAAGGCUUGGCCAGCGGCCCCGGCCCGCUGCGCCCUCAGCUCCCCGCCUCCCCGGCUCGCCCGCCGCUCUUCGCCCCUGCUCUUGGCUCGGCGCGCCUCGGCCGGCCGUAAAGUUUCCCGGCGGUAGCGGCGGCGGAGCCUCGCGUCAGCGAUGGCUGCGGAGCUGAGCAUGGGGCCAGAGCUGCCCACCAGCCCGCUGGCCAUGGAGUACGUCAACGACUUCGACCUGCUCAAGUUCGACGUGAAGAAGGAGCCUUUGGGGCGCGCGGAGCGCCCGGGCCGGCCCUGCACGCGCCUGCAGCCGGCCGGCUCGGUGUCGUCCACACCGCUCAGCACGCCGUGCAGCUCGGUUCCCUCUUCGCCCAGCUUCAGCCCGACUGAGCAGAAGACCCACCUGGAGGACCUGUACUGGAUGGCGAGCAACUACCAGCAGAUGAACCCUGAGGCGCUCAACCUGACACCCGAGGACGCGGUGGAGGCGCUCAUCGGCUCGCACCCAGUGCCACAGCCGCUGCAGAGCUUCGACGGCUUCCGAGGCGCGCACCACCACCACCACCACCACCAUCCCCCUCACCCGCAUCCGCACCACGCGUACCCAGGCGCCGGCGUAGCCCACGAUGAGCUGGGCCCCCACGCGCACCCGCAUCAUCACCACCACCACCAAGCGUCGCCGCCGCCGUCCAGCGCCGCCAGUCCGGCGCAGCAGCUGCCCACCAGCCACCCCGGGCCGGGUCCGCACGCGGCGGCAGCGGCCACGGCGGCGGGCGGCAACGGCAGCGUGGAGGAUCGCUUUUCCGAUGACCAGCUCGUGUCCAUGUCAGUGCGUGAGUUGAACCGCCACCUGCGGGGCUUCACCAAGGACGAGGUGAUCCGCCUGAAGCAGAAGCGGCGGACCCUGAAGAACCGGGGCUACGCCCAGUCGUGCAGGUAUAAACGUGUCCAGCAGAAACACCACCUGGAGAAUGAGAAGACGCAGCUCAUUCAGCAGGUGGAGCAGCUUAAGCAGGAGGUGUCCCGGCUGGCCCGCGAGAGAGACGCCUACAAGGUCAAGUGCGAGAAACUCGCCAACUCCGGCUUCAGGGAGGCGGGCUCCACCAGCGACAGCCCCUCCUCUCCUGAGUUCUUUCUGUGAGUCGCAGCGGGUCCCGGCCCCCGCCCUUGCCCCGGACUCCCUGUCCCGGGUCCCCAGCCCUGGACUCCCCUGGACCUUGUCCCUGUCAUGGCCCCAGCCUUGACCUGUUUGACGAGCGAGAGGGAGGAAGGGCAGGCGGGCCGCGGGCGACGGGCGGGAGCGCGGGAGGCAGGGGACUUUGGCUAAGGGGAGACUAGUGCACGCCAGCCACCGCCUCCUAGUCUCGAGCCGAGCCAGAGACGAGGGGGUGGGAGGUCCCGGAGCAACUUUUCUCCAGGCUGGAAGGCGGAGGCGUAGUACGGAGGAUUCGCCAAGGCCGUCUGGAGACGCCCGGCUUUCCGAACUCUGAGAGUGCCGGGCCACUGCUUCGCUGUCGCUGUCCGGAGCUCAGUCCCUCCAGGAAGAGAGCAGAGGAGAGGAGAGGGGCCCUGGCGUCUCCGGCAGGCGCGAGGCCAGGUUGAGCGAAGGGCGAUGAACAGACGGACCUCUCGGUCCAGAGUCCGGAGAACACUGGCUCUCAGCUGGGAGACGCGGUCCUCGGUUAGGACGUUUCGCGCGCAAAUCUCAUCCGUUUCAUUGCCUGCUCAAUUAUAUAGAAAAAUACGAAAAUCUGCAUUAAAAAUAUUAAUCCUGCAUGCUGGACAUGUAUGGUAAUAAUUUCUAUUUUGUACCAUUUUCUUGUUUAACUUUAGCAUGUUGUUGAUCAUGGAUCAUAACCCCCUGUUUCUUUGGGUGAGAAGGGAUCGCAGUUGGGAAACUCCAGCGGCUGCCAGCCGAGCCGGGAUUCAGCCCUGGCUGCUGGUUUGUAAAUACCUGCCCUCCACCAAACCGCACAGAGAACACGGCAGCGAGCUGAGUGUCUUUGUUUGGGUUUAUUAUUAUGGCAUUUUCUUUGUAAGCCCCCCCCCCCAAAAAAAGGAAAGAAAAAGUUCCAGGCAUUUCGCAUCCGACACCAACUUUGUCUCGGGGCAACCGUGGCAGUUUCACGUUUUAUUCUGUCCAGAUCCUAUUCUGUUCUCUUUUCCCUCCGUUUUAGUUUUGUUGGCUUUGAGGGAAAGAGUACAAGGACAGGACAACUGUGGAGUUCCACACCUCUUCCUCAAUCCCUGCCUAGUUUCUUGACCAAAUUGACACCCCUAAUAAGAGAGGGAAGGAAAACAGACCAUCUUCUCUGCUUUUUAUUGUAACCAGUUUCACCCCAGGGUCCCUCUGGAAUUCUCCAGGCCGGCGGUUAAUUGCAAGGGCCCCCAGCCGCUCCUUGGGUGAGAAGUUUUGCCAUCCUUCACACUGGUCAGUGGUGACCAGAGCUUGAAUUGAACCAACUGCCACAUUUAGGAUGUAUCAGAAAACCAAACAUUGGCAAGUGAUUGCAGCUUUCAAGUGUGUUCUUUAGACCAGUGCAUUAUGUGUUUCUUUCCCUGCUUUUGAGAUUGCAGGAAAAGUUAUUGGUGGUAUUCCUCUCCUCCUCCUUUGGUUGUAUAGUAGUUAUAGGGGAGAUCUGGGUGUUUUUCUUUAUUAUUACUUUUUUUCUGCAGGUCAGUAAAAGGAUUUAAGUUGCACUGACAAAAUAUACCAAAAUUAAAGCAUAUUUUUUAGUUCCCAUUUGAAAUUGCUGGCGCUGCUGGCCAGAUGCAUUUUUGAGUUUGUAUUAGUUGAUAAAUUAACAGUAAUAACAAGAUUGUAUGAACCGCAUGGUGCUUGCAGUUUUAAAUAUUGUGGAUAUUCGUCCUGCAUCAGAAACGAGCUUUGGUUUUUACGGAUUCAACUGUGUUGAAAUCAAACUUACUGCAACAGAAAUUGUUUUUAUUUCAUGUAAAAUAAGGGAUCAAUUUCAAACCCUGCUUAUGAUAUGAAAAUAUUAAAACCUAGUCUAUUGUAGUUUUAUUCAGACUGGUUUCUGUUUUUGGUUAUUAAAAUGGUUUCCUAUUUUGCUUAUUAAAACCAUGGAAAUGGUGUUUA